CUUUGAAACAGACUUUAAAGUUGUAAGUGUAAAAAGUUGUCAGGGUGCUAACAAUGCCAUUUAACAGUUGUAGCAACGCGUGGGGGACGGUUAACGCUGUAGUUUUCGGAACCCCACUUACCCUGGGGUUAGUCUGGUUGUGCUUCAAUACUUUCCCCAUAGGCCACAAUGUUGUUUUGCUAACAUGCAGAGCAAAACUGCCAAGCCUCCCUCACAAUCUGGUUCUCAUCCUAGCAGACAGUGAGGGAAUUAAAAGACGUUUCACAGCAAUUGCACUGGCAGCAAUACAAAAAAAUAAAAAAAGUCAUGGGACAAGAUGACAUCGUUUUUUUUGUAGCCGAAGAAUCGGCUCCUGUGUUCGUUCUGGUAACAAAGAGAAGCACAAAGUCCAGAGCAACAAAGCGAUGAACUGAAGGAGGUAGGAAACUAUUUUCACUUAAUGUGCAAUGUAACCUUUUUUUUGCCUUACCCAUUGCAUUCUAAGGUCAUCAGUUAUCUCUUGUUAAGGGAUAACAUUUGCAAUAAUAUUGAACAUUCAAACAAAGUUUUUUUUUUUCAGUAUUCAGUAUUAUUAGCAUUACAGAAAUUGGGAUAUUUAAUGUGAUUUCUAACAUGAUUUUCAGCUUUAACAUCACAAAUUAACACUGACAAUGCAUCAAGGUAAAAACAGGUUCAUAAAUAAUAAUAAUUUAACCACAGAUGGAGAGAUGGUGGAGACUGUAUCAUGGUGGAGACUAUCAUAUUAUAUAAUGUAUACUCUGUACUAUUCUGUGUACAGGGAUGGUGAAGGGCAGUGCCAAUGCCAGGGAUGGCGAAGGGCAGUGCCAAUGCCAGGGAUGGAGAAGGGCAGUGCAAAUGCCAGGGAUGGAGAAGGGCAGUGCCAAUGCCAGGGAUGGUGAAGGGCAGUGCCAAUGCUAGGGAUGGCGAAGGGCAGUGCCAAUGCCAGGGAUGGCGAAGGGCAGUGCCAAUGCCAGGGAUGGCGAAGGGCAGUGCCAAUGCCAGGGAUGUUGAAGGGCAGUGCCAAUGCCAGGGAUGGUGAAGGGCAGUGCCAAUGCCAGGGAUGUUGAAGGGCAGUGCCAAUGCCAGGGAUGGUGAAGGGCAGUGCCAAUGCCAGGGAUGGAGAAGGGCAGUGCCAAUGCCAGGGAUGGUGAAGGGCAGUGCCAAUGUGAGGGAUGGUGAAGGGCAGUGCCAAUGCUAGGGAUACUACUUGCACCUGCUUAUGUUUUACUUUAAGGUUCAAUCAACACCUUGACAAUAAAGCACAUUCUUUACAAGCAUAGAUGUGUGUAAGGUGGCUAGGAGCAUUACAAACGAUAGGUGUACAUGUGUUGAGCGGCCAGCAGGUGGCUAGGACUCCUGCAGAAUGCAGGUGGCUAGAAACAACGAUAUGAAAAAGGGUCCCUUUUUUUUUGACAGCGGUUUCUUAAGAACAAUAGAAGAAGAAUGCAAAUCGCAAUUAAAUAAAGAUUGUUUCGCAAGAGGAGCUAUAAUCUUCAUGAUGGGAAAGGGUGAUUAUGUUGAGUAUUCGAUGUGUCACAAUGCAUUGUGGAAUGAAUGCCUGUGAGCCUACACUGAGUGCCUGAGAACCCAGACCAGUUAGAAGAACUGCCUGGCUGAAAUGUGUUACUUAUUUAAAACGCAGAGAAGACUCCGGUAAGCCAGAUGUUUGUGUUUAUGCAUGUUCUUUUUUUUCAGAUUUACAUGGAAUUGGAGUAGGAUCAAUGAAUCACUUCCUUGAAUGAAUGGAAUCCCCCUCCCAGUCCCUCAUUAAGUGUGCCUAUUAAAAGUAGACCAGUGAGUCUUCACAGUGUGUCUUUCAACAGUGAAGCUAAAGGUGGAAACUGGAAGACCCUGAAAGAAGACUUUGACCAAAACUUUUUUUGCCUUUAUUUUGCUUUUAGUUUGUUUGAAACUUUUUUUUCUUUUUUCUUCAUUUACAAAAAAAUAAAAAAAUAAAUAAAAGAGAAAUGUACAUUAUCAAUGCACGGGACGGAAAUGCACACGUUCUGUAAAAGCGAUUUACCGGCUGGACAUAUACGAACACGCUCCUUUACAGACUUCGAUCAAGUCUUAAAAAACGCAGGCUUAAAAACCCUGCAAGACCAAGACUGAAGCCUCAUUCCGUGUCGUGAAAAAUACAGAACGUUUGUAUCUGGAUUUCUGAAAAAAAAAAAAAAAAAAUUACAACAAACUUUUCUUUUCUGAAAACACAAAAAUGAAUGGCAGCUGCGAGCUCCAGAACUCGCUCCUCCUCCAGCCGGCGUGGGAUCCAAUCAGGUGUCGGCAGGACCUCCUGCUCUCUCCCCUCUUCCCAGCAUGCUUCUCCUUCGUGGCCAAUGUCUCCCUGUGCCUCCCCUUCGCUGUGCUGGAGUGCCUGGGGCAGUGGUGGCCGUGGCUCUGGCGCUAUAAGCUGCGUGGCUUGGGUCCCGUGGGUCCCACGGCGUGGUGGGGCUGCCUCGGGAGGGUGGCGUGGAACCAGGUGGCCUGCAUCCUUCCCACGACCCUGCUGAUGCACUACCUCCUCCGACCCCCCUCUAGCCUGCCUCCGGAAGCCCCGUCCUGCCUCAGGUUCCUGUCGGAGGUGGUGCUGUGUCUGCUCCUGUUUGACACCAUGUACUUCAUGUUUCACGUGCUGAUCCACAGGGUGCCCUGGCUGUUUAUGAAGAUCCACAGUGUUCACCACGAGGUGCAGGACCCCUUUGCCCUUGCAGCGCAGUACUCCAGCUACUGGGAGGUGCUGUCCCUGCAGGGCUUCGCCGUCUCCAGCGCGGCUCUGCUGGGCUGCCACCCGCUCAGCGAGAUCACCUUUCACCUCCUCAACAUCUGGCUAUCGGUGGAGGAUCACUGCGGUUACGACCUGCCCUGGGGCACCCACCGCCUGCUGCCCUUUAACCUCUUCGGAGGGGCCCCCUUUCACACCAUCCACCACCAGCGCUUCAGAGUGAACUACGCCCCCUAUUUCACCCACUGGGACCGGAUCUUUGGGACCUACAUGGGCCCCACCCUGAAAAAGUAGGGGUGCAACUGGACCCCCCAAUUCACUGAAAGGACUCUUUUUGUAUGUUUAGUUAAGGGCUGUUUUUUUUUAAAUUAUUAUUAUUAUUUCACAAUAACUGGGUUUUUUUUGUUUUUUUAGUUUAAUAGUUUAUUUUCAAAUCUCAGUUCAGCCUAUAAGGGAAUGUUUUAUAAACAUUGGACUCUAUUUGUCAAACUUUAAGGGCCGUUUUAGUUUUUUCCUGGCCCUACAUCCUAUUGACAGUGGUAUGGCAGGGGCGUCUAAUUUUUCGUUCCAAACCCUUCCACGUUCCUGCUUGAUAAAAGACAGCUCUGUCUGUUACAAGAGUAAGUAAUGAGGUUUGUGAGGUAACUAAUACUUGGAAGAUGAUUCAUAAAAAAAAAACAAGUGCUGGGCAAAGUGCUCUGUGUGUAUUUGUUUGGCAGUGAUGGGGUUAAUUCCAUCCCUGCCAUGUGUGGAAUAUGUCUUGAUCAAUUAAGCCCCAACCACAUGGUAUAAAAGCAGAGAGAAAUCCUUUGUGUGGGAAGAGGGGUUUGGAAGAAGUGUUCCAGUGAAGGCAGCUGC